GCUUCUUGUAAGUAUUUUCUACAAAUGGUGCUGGUUAGACUUGAAGGGUCCUUGUUUAAAUGGAGGCACUACAUGAAGUUCUCACAAACUUCUAAUGUGGGGAAUGGGCAGACUGGGUUGUUUGCAACUGUAUAUGAUAAUUGGCAUUUACUGGAAGAAAAGUUUUAAUCAAAUCAUUGGAAAAAAUUAAAUUGGUAAGGUCUUUUUAUGUAGCUUGUAAAAUUAUUUUUCAAUUUAUUUGCAGCAAUGGUAUUUGUUAAUCACUACUUGGCAUUUGACUACUUUUCGUCUGUCUGGUAUCCAUUUUCUGAGAUCCUAGCUUACUUCACAAUCUGUUUAUGGAUUCUGCCAUUUGCUUUUUUUGUAUCAUUAUCUGCAAGUGAAAAUGUGUUACCAACAGCAUCCACAGCUCCCGAAGAUACAAGAGAACCAAGCUAUGCCUAUGCAGGCCAAAGGUCAAGUCGCAGGCAUGGACUCCUAGCAGUUUUUAAUUUCUUGUCCAGGAAAACAGAGGGAUAUUUACCAACUAGAACAAAAACAUAUUAAGCACCUUUUGUAAAAUAUAUAUGCUGUGUCUGAUCCAUGUUCCUAUUUCAGAGGUUAUAUUCAUAUUUUGUUCCAGGCAAGUUGGUCAGUGUGCUAGAAAACGUGCUACUCGUAAUGCAGAAAUGGCAAGAUGUGCUUCACAUGUAGGCAACUGAGAGUCUGAAGAAGACACCAGCUUAGCCCAAGUGAACAGAUUUUCCUGAAUACCUGAAAUCCCUCCUAAAGGAUUCAAGAGUAUUCAAGCCUGGUUCCUCCUGUUUGUUAUAGUUACCCUUUAUGUCACACUCAUUGUUAUAUUUUCAAUUUAGAUCCAGCAGUGUCACUGAUGAUUCUUAGGCUGUAAGAAUCAUUAUUUUUUGUCACUUAACACUAGGCAGGCUGGUUAGAUUUUCUGUAUUUAAACCUUGUGUGGGAAGUGAUCAUUGCAAAACACAUUUUAACCUUUUUAAAGGGAUUUUUUGCUAAAAAAAAAAAAACAAAGAUGCUGCCUGUAGGUCUACUGUAUAUUAUAAGAACAUACAAAGUUCACAGAAAAAGAAAUAAUAUAAAUAUUAUGGGUUAUGUGAGGUUUUUCAGUCUACUCUCUUCAGCCCAUGCCUUCACAUCAAUUAUUUCCCAAGCAAAUUUCAAUAAAAAUAAAACAUUUCUAGUACAAGUAUGGUUAGUGUAUAACGUGUUGUGAGUAGUUAUCCUAUUGGCUUACUUGAGAGUACAUUACGGUGCGCAAGACGGUCUGCAUGUUUGCCGGCUAAUUUAAUUUAAGAAGUAGAAAACGUUUUCUGUGUUUCUAUGGAGUUACAAAAACACGAGUGGAGAACGGAAAAUGCUGUGGGAACACCUGUCCAGCUUUAGACAAGUGUUUCCGCAGCUUUUAUCGAUUGCUGCAUGUCAACAUGACCUGAUACAAGCAAUUGAAGAGCCUGAAAGUCCUUGUCAAUAUAAUAACGUGCUCAGCUAUCAGUGAAAAAAA